GCACAGCGCGCGCUGCUCUCCCGCCCUGCCCUGCCCCGUCGCGCGCCGGCCAUCGCAUCGCACCGCCGCGGUCCUGCCAGCUGCCCCGCCCGCUGCUGGCGAAGCUCUGCCGGUGCUUCUCGCUCGUCGACCCCACCGAUCCCGCCGCAGGCUACCUCCACGCCGCCUGGCUGCACGUCCCCUCGCCCACGCUCCAGCUUGGAGCUCCUCGAGCGCGACCCAGCCGGCGCCUCGCAGCGACAGCCCACACGCGCCUCUCCCAUGCGGUGCUCGCCGACAGCCCAGGCCUGCGCCGACGCCCCGUCACCUGAGCAGCCAUGUCGGCCUUUGUGCGCGUCUCAGGACCGCCAAACAGCAACUUCCUCGUCGGCUACCCGGGCAUCUCGGCGACAUUGCCGCGGAUAGAAGGCAAGGUCGAGAUACGCCCGCUCGUUGGCGUCUCUGCGCCCGUCCAUGUCUCGCUCGUCACCAUCGCCCUCCACCGGCGGGAGACCAUUCACCCCUCUGCUGAGUCGCUCACCAAGAAGCACCUUGCCGCCCCGCGCAAGGAGAUCACCGACAUUGUGGGCAAGGAGAUGCUGCUGUUCCGAUGUCCCGCCGGCAAGGAGUUUGACAGCGUGCUGUCCAUGGACUUGCCCUUUGUGAUAUUCAUACCAUAUGGCCGCGGCGGCGAGGAAGUAGCAAGGAGGGUGCCGCCCGCCAGUCUGCAGCUGCCAGCCCGGACAGCUGAGACGUUCUACGAGCUGGUUGUGACUGUGCAGCAAGGGCAGACAGACCAGAAGAAAUACCCGUUUCCUGUACCAAUACAGCGGUACGACACACUCUCCACUUUUGGCAUGUACAAUCGUCCCGAGAGCGCCGAAAGAGUUACGGACCACCUUGUCACCCUGGGAAUUAGUCUCCCCAGGUGGAGUUAUGGGCCUCUAGACCCAGUAUCAGUCUACAUCAAGCUCAGUCCGAAUCCCGACUGGUUGAAGAAGGCGCAGAAGGUUACUAUCCAGAAGAUUACUGUGGGUAUAGACGAGGAAAUCAUAUUCAACCACGAGGGCGACGAACCAACCAGGAAAGUGAAGACGUUGGCCAAGACAACCCAGGCUGUCGGUGUUAAGAUGCCCGAGGCUGGCUACUUUACGAACCUAGGCUUGGUGUUUCCCGCGAAGGACCUGCGAGAUUCAGACGGCAUAAUACCGCGCGGAAAGAAGGAGUUUCCAAUGUACGCCGUAAACGGAUUUACGACCACAGGUACACUCUACAAGAUAGAGUACUACCUGACAGUAAAAGCACAAUUGUCGUCGGCACGGGACAUAUUGCUCCGCCAGCCCAUCGUGGUGUGCCCGUUCGAUCACGCCGGCUGCAAAGAAGAGAUGGAGGCGAUUGAGCAAGCAGCCAGAGACGCUGCGCAUGUUUCCCCGGACAAUCCCAUGCUGCCCGCAGCAACCAUUAUCCGGUCCAACGAUCCAAAUGGGCUCGCGGCACUUGGCAUGGCGAUAGUAGGAGGUCUUAGGAAACCCCUCAUCGAAUGAGAACAGAAUAUGCGGAUUGGUCGUAUAAGAGAAUACUACCCGUCGCAGCAUGAGGGCACAGCCGAUGGUACGCAAACGACGCUGAGCGCAAAACAUGGCGCGCG